UCAUGAAUACCCAUCAGGAUUGGGUUUCGUGCCAAUAUCGGGGAGCUCUAGAUAAGAUAAAAUCUACCCCGCUAUCAGCCCCAGGCAGCUCUUGCCGCCUCAUCGUCAUCAACCCAUAACCCAGUCACUGAACCUGAGCUGCCCAAAACAUACUUUAAAACCUUAACUCUUAGCCAACUCUAGAGAUAUUUCGCUGGUCGAUGGUACGCCUUGAGAAAUCAUAUCUGCAAACAACUGCUUCGACAUAUUUCAACGCCCCUUCAACGUCACUUCCACUCUCCGCAUCACUACAACGUCAACAUCAGCUUGCAACGUUUAUACGGCUCGACAACCAUAUAAUCCGCCACCAUGGCAUCGGAUCCCUUGAGCGUCGAAAGCGUCAUCGGCCAUAUGGCCGAGGCCCUUCCAAUACAUGAGCAGGGAGAUACAUCUUCAGACCUCAGCUCCUCAUAUGAGGCCAUCGCACUCUUCGCCCACGCUUGCAUGACAGCCGUAGGCUUCCGCAUUCUCGGCUUCUCAGAAGGCCAAAAAAUAGAAUCCGAGCUCGCAGCCGUCGCCCCGCGCCUCUCACCACGGUGGAACGACUCCUACGGCUCCUACUCCUUCCUCUACGCCCACUCCCAAUCCUCCCUCCAAUACAUCAUCAAAGUCGACCGACUCGGCGGAAAAGCCGAGAUCCGUGGCCUCGGCCUCGGCGACGAGCGCAUCACUCGCUUCGAAAUCGUAGCCAAAGACUACAUCUCCUCCUCCGCGCUCCCGCUGCGCAUCCCCUUCACCGCCGCAGGCAUCGAAGAUCGCGACGACCUCCCCCGCAAACUUAAAGAUAUCUUCAUCUCCGAGUCCCGCAUCAAAGACCUUGCCUCCCUCUUCAAAACAACAGUCAUCCAGAAGCUCAUCCCCGGUCUGAACAAAGAAGGCUACGAGGACACCGCAGCACGCCAGCAGGCACAGGAUGACAGGGAAGAGGCUUAUGCGCGGCGCAACCCUCGCGAGGACCCGCUCGCGGACCCCGGUCUUCCCGAGCCCGCGCGCCCUUACCCCUUCCCGCUUCGCGACCCCCUUAAUCCGCCGCCUCGGGGUCCGGUUCCCGACUUCCCACCACCAGGGUUCGAGGAUGAGUAUGAGCUCCAGCGCCCGCCGAGAGGGAUGGGUGCCGCGUUCCCUGGCGGUGGUAGGAGUCCAUAUGGGAUCGGUGGGGAUGAUUUGAAUCCCCCGGGACUGGGACCGCAUGAUCCGCUCCGGGGCAGUUUUAUCCCUGGGGGAAGGCCGGGAGGUUUCGGAGGGAUGCAUCCGACGUUUGAUGACCCGCUGUUUGCGGGGAGGAGGGGAAGUGGAGAGGGAGGUGGGUUUGAUCCCCAGGCGCCGGAGGGGGCGAGGUGGGAUCCUAUUGGGCCUGGGGAGGGGCCGAGGGAUAGGAUGGGGAGGGGGAGGGGAGGUGGGGGGUUCCCUGGUGGAGGGGGUCAUCAGGGAGGGUUUGGGGGGAAUGGGAGGCCGCCUAAUCCGUUUGGGGGGUUUGGGAAUAAUGAUUUCAUCUGA